GUAAACAUAUGUUUCCCAUGCCAAUAAAGCCCCCUAAAUUUAAAUUGAAUUGAGAGAGAGAGAGAAGCAGAGAGUGAUAGAUUGAGUGAGCAAGGCAGAGGGGGGAGAUAGAGGCAGAGAGAUAGUGACUGAGAGAGAGAGUGAGAAAGAGAGAAGCAGAUAAAGAGUGAUAGUAAAAGGAAACAGAGAGAGAAGGGGAAGCCUGUGCUUCAGCUCUGAGGCGCUAACCGUCUCCCUCCAGACUGACCGUGCAGUCCCGCCCCUCCCUGACCCAGCAGGACUCUGACAUGCUCCUCUGUGUCUCUGUCUCCAGAUGGCCAACACCGUAACGUUGCUGUGCUGUGUAGUGCUAGCUGCUGUGGUGGUGGCAUACGCGCAGAGACGCAACCAGACAGGGGCCAGUAUUCAGUAUGAGCGUAUGGAUGGGGACGUGACUAUGCAGUGUGGCUCUCUGGACAGCGAUGCCAGCGUGACAUGGAAGGUAAACGGGACGGACGUGAAGGCACACCACCGGGAGGAGGGGUCUAGACUCAUACUGAUGGAGGUGGACCUCUCAAACAAUGGACUUUACAGCUGCUUUCAGAACCCCAAUGGAGAACGACGGGACCAGAUCAACCUGCGCAUCGGAACCUCACCUAGGGAACCCACAGUGACGUGUCGAUCCAACACCUACCCUAAAGGUUUCUACUGUAGCUGGCACCUUCAGCACCCCACCUCCAUACCCACAGACUUCGACGUCACCGUCCUACACAACCAGGAGUCCCUAGAAGUAACAAGGGAUGUGGUCCAUAAGAACCGCUGCCACGUUCUGUUCCCUGAGGUGUUCAGUAGCUACCCCUACAGAGUCAACGUUACAGCUGUCAACGCCCUGGGAAAAGCCUCCACCACCAUCACCUUUGAAGAGAUCAACAUAGUGAAACCAGACCCCCCUGAAAGGGUGGUGGCCACUCCCAUCCCCAGCAACGUGCGUCGUCUGGAGGUCACCUGGAACAGCCCUUCUACCUGGCCUGAUGUAGAGAUCUUCCUGAAGUACUUCCUACGAUACAGACCCCUCAUCAGAGACCAGUGGCAACAUGUGGAGUUGACAGACAGUACGGCCCACACCAUAACGGAUGCGUACGCAGGGAAGGAGUACAUCAUCCAGGUGGCGGCUAAGGACAUGGAGAUCGGCACCUGGAGUGACUGGAGCGUCGCGGUGCACGCUACCCCCUGGAUGGACAAACCCCAACAGAUCCCCUCCACCACUGAGCAGGAACCACUCCUCGAGACUACCCCCUCCCCGGCCCCUCCCUCAGCAGAGCCCCAUAGGGCAGGUGUCCCAGUGGGCAGAGCUUCAUCGUCCCGACACCUCCCCUCACCCCUCCUCUGGUCCUCCUGUCUGCUGCAAGGGGCCCUAACUCUGGCCCUGAUAUGAUGUUUUAUUCCUGUGGAAGAAAUUGAGGAGUCUUCUUCGUCUAUUUUGCACAUAUUAAUGGACAUCCUGCAUUGAUCAUUUAUUUCAAGUUUCACACAACGUUAAAUAGAAAGUGAAGAUGUGAUGAAGUCAAAGUUAAAAGAAAAGUUUUCUACAGAAAAAAAAAAACAUCAACUACUCACAACAACAACUACAGGUACUAACAGCAGAACUACAGUACUGCACAGAAGCAGACAUCAUUGAUUGGACAACACAGAAGCAGACAUCAUUGAUUGGACAACACAGAAGCAGACAUCAUUGAUUGGACAACACAGAAGCAGACAUCAUUGAUUGGACAACACAGAAGCAGACAUCAUUGAUUGGACAACACAGAAGCAGACAUCAUUGAUUGGACAACACAGAGGCAGACAUCAUUGAUUGGACAACACAGAAGCAGACAUCAUUGAUUGGACAACACAGAAGCAGACAUCAUUGAUUGGACAACACAGAAGCAGACAUCAUUGAUUGGACAACACAGAGGCAGACAUCAUUGAUUGGACUACACAGAAGCAGACAUCAUUGAUUUGACAACACAGAAGCAGACAUCAUUGAUUGGACAACACAGAAGCAGACAUCAUUGAUUGGACAACACAGAAGCAGACAUCAUUGAUUGGACAACACAGAAGCAGACAUCAUUGAUUGGACAACACAGAAGCUGACAUCAUUGAUUGGACAACACAGAAGCAGACAUCAUUGAUUGGACAACACAGAAGCAGACAUCAUUGAUUGGACAACACAGAAGCAGACAUCAUUGAUUGGACACCACAGAAGCAGACAUCAUUGAUUGGACACCACAGAAGCAGACAUCAUUGAUUGGACAACACAGAAGCAGGACUGUGUCUCCAUGGAGCUCCAGGCUUGUUAGUGGAUCUGAGACUGUUAAGACUUCUCCUCAGCAGCACAGUGGACUGAUUCCAUUCUCCAAGUAAAAAAAACAAAAAACUUUUUCAUUCAUUAUUCAGUGAAUUUUGAGACACUUGUAAGAGAUCCCAAGAUCCCCUUUGUCAUCAUUUGUGGUGACAUACAGCUAACUCAUCAUGCCAAAGACUUGUCUUGGAGAAGGUUUCCCACAAUCCUCAGCUUCCUUAAGCCUGUGCCUGUGUAGAAGGGAUGGAACCCAGAGAAUUCCAGGAUUCUGUAUCUGAUCUGACAUCCGACAACCAACAUGACGUAACGAUAUAAAUAACAACACAUGACAUAAACAACAACAUAACAGAGAACUAAAACACACUUUGGAGAAAUCCUGAAUAAGAAUUCUAUAGCUUUCUACUGCACCCAGCGAACACCAAGAAAGUAGAGGUGUUAAAACACAGUGGAUUUGAGAGCAAUUCAUCUCCAUCAUCGUCGUCUGUUUGGGACUUUACUAUUUGAGGAAGUAGAUUGCCAUACAAUACAUGACUUUAAAAGGAUAAGGGUCUAUCUGCAAAAAGUUGAUUCUGAGGUAAUUGGCUUUAAUGUUCCAAAACCUCAUUGGUUUGAACGGUGUGAUCAAUUUUAACGUGUAGUCUUUCCCAACAUAUUUACAGCACUAUAUAGGUAGACAUUGUAUAGAACAAAAAUAUAUAUUUCAAUAACUCAAUAACAUAAAUGCAGAUAGAACCAUUCAAUUCCAAGCUCGCGAUUAGGCCCUCAGUCCUCUGGCAGGUAGACUAUAAACUCUGUAGAAAGACAAGCUCUCGAUUAGGCCCUCAGUCCUCUGGCAGGUGGACUAUAAACUCUGUAGAAAGACAAGCUCUCGAUUAGGCCCUCAGUCCUCUGGCAGGUGGACUAUAUACUCUGUAGAAAGACAAGCUCUCGAUUAGGUCCUCAGUCCUCUGGCAGGUGGACUAUAUACUCUGUAGAAAGACAAGCUCGCGAUUAGGCCCUCAGUCCUCUGGCAGGUAGACUAUAAACUCUGUAGAAAGACAAGCUCUCGAUUAGGCCCUCAGUCCUCUGGCAGGUGGACUAUAUACUCUGUAGAAAGACAAGCUCUCGAUUAGGUCCUCAGUCCUCUGGCAGGUGGACUAUAUACUCUGUAGAAAGACAAGCUCUCGAUUAGGCCCUCAGUCCUCUGGCAG